AUGGAUACACCCGAUCUAAACUCGUGAAAAAUAUCUUCGCGCGAGAAUUAUAAGCCUAAAAUAAUGAUCUCGUUAUCUGUAGUCCUUGCACAGUCCUCUCAGUCCUUUUCUUUUCUUUACCAUCACCAAAACAUAAAACCCUAAAUGCCUCUAAAUCACAAUUAUCAAGAUCCUAGUUUCUUUUUUCAAGCCCACAUUUCUUCAAAUCAAAACCCUAGUUUCUUUUUUCCUCACUUAAUGAACUACUACUAGUCUAAUGUGCAUUUCAAACCCUAAAUAAACCACAAAAAUGUUCAUUAAAACCCUAACUAUUUAUUGAAUUUCUUGAUGGAUUUAGUACACAACCCAUCAUUCUUACCUGGGUUUAGCUCAAUUUUGGAAACAAAAUGGAAGAUGGUAAUGAAUUUACAACAACAUCAAAAAGAGGGAAAAAAGAUGAAUGGAAGGGUAAAAAGAUCACUUUGUGUUAGUAGUAGUAGUGUAAGUAAUGGAGGAGGAGGAGGAAGAGGAGCUGAAAUGGUGGUGGAAACUGUGGAGAAACCUAAUAAGUUGUUAAGUAGUAAUUUUGAAGUUUUUAGUGGGAGUCCAAUGCCCUAUGGUGCGACUGUGAAAAAUGGUGGAGUGAAUUUCGCUGUUUUUUCUGGUGGUGCUGUUUCUGUUACUCUCUGUCUCAUUAGUCUUUCUGACUUACAAGAGAAUAAAGUAACGGAGGAGAUCCUGCUUGAUCCAUUGGCUAAUAAGACUGGUGAUGUCUGGCAUGCAUUUUUAGUGGGUGAUUUUAAAGACAUGCUAUAUGGUUACAAAUUUGAUGGGAAGUUUUCUCCGGAUGAAGGGCACUAUUAUAACUCUUCUCGGAUUGUAGUGGAUCCUUACGCCAAGGCAGUUAUAAGCAGAGGAGAAUAUGGUGCAUUUGGACCUGAUGGCAAUUGCUGGCCCCAAAUGGCUGGGAUGGUUCCCUCAUCUGAUUUUGAGUUCGAUUGGGAAGGGGAUUUACCUUUGAGACAUCACCAGAAAGACCUAAUAAUCUAUGAAAUGCACGUUCGUGGGUUUACAAGGCAUGAAUCAAGCAUGACUAGCAGCCCUGGAACAUACCUCGGUGUGGUGGAGAAACUUGAUCACCUCAAGGAACUUGGAAUCAAUUGUAUAGAGCUAAUGCCUUGUCAAGAGUAUAAUGAACUUGAGUACUUCAGCUACAACUCUGUCCUGGGUAAUUAUAAGAUGAAUUUCUGGGGAUAUUCAACAGUCAAUUACUUUUCACCAAUGAUAAGAUACUCAUCUGCGGGCAUACGCAAUUGUGGGCACGAUGCUAUAAACGAAGUCAAGUUUCUUGUCAGAGAAGCACAUAAACGAGGCAUUGAGGUGAUCAUGGAUGUCGUUUUCAAUCAUACCGCCGAAGGCAAUGAGAACGGCCCUGUUUUAUCUUUUAGAGGCAUCGAUAACAAUGUAUAUUAUAUGCUGGCGCCAAAGGGGGAGUUUUAUAACUAUUCGGGUUGUGGUAACACCUUCAACUGCAACCAUCCUGUGGCACGACAGUUUAUAUUGGAUUGCUUGAGAUAUUGGGUAACUGAAGUUCAUAUUGAUGGCUUUCGUUUCGAUCUUGCAUCUAUCAUGACCAGGAGUUCCAGCCUUUGGGAUGCGGUGAAUGUAUUUGGGAACCCAAUAGAAGGUGACCUGCUGACCACUGGUACCCCACUUGACAGCCCCCCAUUGAUCGAUAUGUUAAGUAAUGAUCCAAUCCUUCGCGGAGUUAAGCUUAUUGCCGAAGCAUGGGAUACAGGCGGUCUUUAUCAAGUUGGGAAAUUUCCUCAUUGGGGUAUUUGGUCAGAAUGGAAUGGGAAGUACCGUGACAUAGUGAGACAGUUUAUCAAGGGCACCGAUGGAUUGUCAGGGGCUUUUGCUGAAUGUCUUUGCGGAAGUCCAAAUCUAUACCAGGAAGGGAGGAAACCUUGGAACAGUAUCAAUUUCAUAUGUGCACAUGAUGGAUUUACUUUGGGGGAUCUUGUGACAUACAACGAAAAGCAUAACCUGGCAAAUGGAGAAGACAACCACGACGGAGAGAAUCAUAAUAACAGCUGGAACUGUGGGCAGGAAGGGGAGUUCGUAGGUUUUCCUGUGAAAAAAUUAAGGAAGAGACAAAUGCGGAAUUUCUUCCUUUGUCUCAUGGUAUCGCAAGGUGUUCCCAUGUUUUACAUGGGUGACGAAUAUGGUCACACAAAAGGCGGCAAUAACAAUACGUAUUGCCAUGAUAAUUACAUUAAUUAUUUCCGAUGGGAUAAAAAGGAAGAAACGUCAUCUGAUUUUUAUAGGUUUUGUUGCCUGAUUACAAAGUUCCGCCAUGAAUGUGAAUCACUUGGGCUGAAUGACUUCCCAACGUCUGAGCGGCUGCAGUGGCAUGGACAUGCACCUUGUGAGCCAAACUGGUCAGAGACAAGCCGGUUUGUGGCGUUCUCAUUGGUUGAUUCAGUGAAGGGAGAGAUAUACGUAGCCUUCAACACAAGCCAUUUGCCUGUCAUGGUUACUUUACCGGAACGGCAAGGUUACAGAUGGACCCCACUAGUGGACACGAGUAAAGCAGCUCCGUUUGAUUUCCUCUCCGAUGACGUCUCGGAGAAAGAUCUGGCUAUCAAACAAUACGCUCAGUUCCUUGACGGCAAUCUAUACCCAAUGCUUAGUUAUUCAUCAAUCAUCCUUUUGCUUUCCCCAGAAGACCAUGCUUGAAUUUGUUUGCCGUCUCCCUUUAAAUAAGGAAACUAAUGUUGCACCAGAAUCACCUAUAAAUUGCAUCUGGUGAAUUUCCUAGGUAUAGAUGCUGUAAUUACAAGAAGUUCAUUAGAAUAUGUAUAUAAAUGAGUCGUUACUUAGAACUGCCAGUGAACCAAUCAGAAAUUAGUAAGUAUCAUUAGGGGAUCUAAAUAAGCUAUACCACUGCUCUGGUUUACUCAUCUGUUGAUCAUUUAUAUUUAUUUACAAAUUGAAAAAGUUAAGAGAUGUAACAAUGUAGCAAUUGUAUUGUUCUUGAUAAUGUAAUGCUGAUCCAUAAAUAUCGAAGUUACUGAUCGAAGCUAUCAAUUUUUACAUUGAUUUUUUGCCGGCA